AUGGCAGCUGCAUCAGUUCCAUUCGAACCGACUACUUCUAAUACCCAUGAUGAAUCCACAACAACCACCAUGGAUUUCGAUCAUCAUCCGAAAAGAAGURCCCAUCAUCAAUCACAUUCGAAACCUAGGACAUCGUUUGAAGCUAGCGCACAUGAAGUUCCAAGCGGACCAAACCCUAUUUCGAAUAGAAAAGAAAAUUCAAGAAAUGGCAACGACGACAGCGGUGGUGGUAAAGAUACAAUCAAAAAGCUAGCUUUUUUUCGUGAUGGUGUUAUGAAUGCAUCUAACUUGACCGAAAACAUGAGGUGUUUUUCGUGUUUUUCGUAYCGAGAAAAAAGAAUAUCGAAAAGGCAGGCGAGUCGCAGAGAGAGAAGCCCCGUUGUACCUGAUCCACCUCCUCAAGAACCUCCUCCAUCUGAGAAUCCAAUUCAACGACGUGGUCCACCAGAAAUCAAGAUUCUGAAACCUGCUUCCCCUAAGAGGACAAGCCACGAAGCUCCCCGUAACCAAGCUCCCAUCAAAGUAGCAGCCGGCAACGAUAUUGCAGCUCAAACUUUCACUUUCCGUGAGCUGGCUGCCGUAACAAAGAACUUCCGGCAAGAUUCCCUCAUCGGUGAAGGCGGAUUCGGGCGGGUUUAUAAAGGAAGAUUGGGUAAAACUGGCCAGGUUGUGGCCGUGAAGCAACUGGAUCGCAAUGGGGUGCAAGGAAAUCGGGAAUUUCUAGUAGAGGUUUUGAUGUUGAGCCUUCUUCACCAUCCAAAUUUGGUGAGUCUAAUAGGAUAUUGUGCAGAUGGAGAUCAAAGACUUCUCGURUACGAAUAUAUGUCCGCAGGUUCCCUUGAAGAUCAUCUACUCGAUCUUCCGCGAGGAAAAGCACCACUAGCUUGGUCCACGAGGAUGAAAAUCGCGUUGCAUGCCGCAAAAGGUCUAGAGUACUUGCACGAUAAGGCUAACCCCUCUGUUAUUUACCGUGACUUGAAGUCUUCCAACAUCUUACUCGAUCAAGAUUUCAAUGCCAAACUAUCUGAUUUCGGGCUAGCCAAGGUUGGACCCGUUGGUGAUAAUUCGCACGUGUCCUCGAGAGUGAUGGGAACGUAYGGGUAUUGUGCGCCCGAGUAUCAAAGAACGGGUCAGUUAACCGUCAAAUCCGAUGUUUACAGCUUUGGAGUUGUCUUGUUGGAGCUCAUCACAGGAAGGAGAGCCAUUGAUACAAGAAGGAGAAAUGCAGAGCAAAAUCUUGUUUGUUGGGCAGAGCCGAUUUUCAAGGAGCCACGAAGGUUCAUCGAAUUGGCUGAUCCACUGAUGAAAGAGGACUUCCCGGUUAAAGGUUUGAACCAAGCGGUAGCGGUUGCAGCCAUGUGUCUCAACGAYGAUGCAUCGUUCCGACCGUUGAUGAGCGACGUGGUUACAGCCCUUGCUUUCCUUGGUGAAAAAGCUGACGAGAUGGAUUUCGCUGAUUCUCCCUCCGAACCAUCGGGAUCGCCAUCUCGAUCUUUAUCUUGUCGGAAUAAUCCGGACAAGGCAUCGGCUAGUGAUCGAGAAAGAGCGGUGGCCGAAGCCAGGGAAUGGGGUACGAGUUCUCGGACCAACAUGAUGAAAYCGAUGGUUUAAAAUUGUUCGUGCAUGG